AUGCCUAACGAAGGAGAAAGCACACCAGCUUUCGAUUUUUCCCGUUUGACAAAAAGUUUGAAGGAGGAGAUGGGACGCCUUUUGGAUCAAAAGCUUGAACCCAUGAAUAUACGCCUUGACAGGUUGGAAGAGUCCCAAAACGGCUCAAAAGGGUGUCAACACAGUGGGAGAAGUCGCGAAAGGCCUAUGCCCGAGUUUAGUAACUCUAACCCAGAUGACGACUUUGACCGUGGGCAAAGGCGACUGAGGAGGAACACCAAACAAGUUGGUGAUGUAAUCAAGGGAAUUAAAAUGAGAAUUCCACCAAUCCAAGGUAAAUCAGAUCCAGAUACAUACCUUGAAUGGGAGAGGCGAGUGGAGUUAGUCUUUGAUUGCAACAAUUACACGGAUGAGCAAAAGUUGAGAUUGGCCGUGGUAGAAUUCACCGACUAUGCUAUAGUGUGGUGGGAUCAAGUGGUUACAAGCCGAAGAAGGUGUGGUGACCCAUCUGUAACCACUUGGACUAAGGUUAAACGCCUCAUGAAGAAGCGAUUUGUACCAAGUCACUACCAUAGAGACUUGUACCAAAAGCUUCAAACCUUGUCCCAAGGAAAUCGUUCGGUUGAGGACUACUACAAGGACAUGGAAAUUUCCAUGCUCAGAGCCGACAUUCAUGAGGAUAGGGAAGCGACAAUGGCGCGUUUUCUUAGUGGUUUGAGACCAGAAAUUGCUGACCAACUCGAGCUACAAUACUAUAUUGAACUAGAGGACAUGGUGGAGAAGGCAAUCAACAUUGAGCGACGGCUCAAGAGGAGGGGUACAACCAGAAAUUAUGCCUCUAUUUACACUUCAAAUCAGCGAAAUUUCCAGCCUAGGGGAGAUGAUACAGCCGCUGGCAUGGCCAAAGCAAGAGGCUUUGGUCACAUUGCGAACCAAUGCCCAAAUCAGCGAAUAAUGAUCAUGCUUCCUAAUGGAGAUGUCACCACCGAUGAUGAAAGGGAGUAUGAAGGGAUGCCACCAUUACAGGAGGAUAAUGGUGACGAAUCAAGUGAGGAGGUUCCUAUCGAUCAACCUAUUGGGUUAGGAUUGGUUACAAGGAUGGCGUUGAAUGCACAGCGCAUUGAGGAGGAAGUGCAACGAGAGAACAUCUUCUAUACACGUUGUCUUGUUAAUGGCAAAGUGUGUAGUUUGAUUGUCGAUGGUGAGAGUUGUACUAAUGUAGUAAGUUCUCUAAUGGUGAAGAAGCUACAACUACCUACACGAGAUCACCCUAGACCUUACAAAUUGCAAUGGUUUAGUGAUUGUGGUGAAGUACGUGUCUCCAAACAAGCACCUGUGAAAUUUAGCAUUGGUAGAUAUGAAGAUGAGCUAUUGUGUGACGUAGUGCCGAUGCAAGCCACUCACAUCAUCUUGGGACGGCCAUGGCAAUACGAUAAGAAGGUUACUUAUGACGGUCGUACUAACAAAUAUUCCUUUCUUCACAGGGAUAGGAAGGUUACUCUUGCUCCGCUUCCCCCUAAGCAAGUGCAAGAAGAUCAAGCAAUGCUUCAAAGAGAGUGGGAGUUGGAUAAAGAUGAAAGCAAACAAAGGAGCAUACGAAGUGAACAAAGUGUCGAGCAAGAUAUAAAGGAAAGGGGCAAAAAUCAGUUGGCCAUAGUAGGUCGCAAUGGGGGGAAAUUAAGCAUGAUUGCCCGAGCCAUUUGUGAGGGAGAUUGUUCCCUUCCUAGCACACUAACCUUUAUUUUGUUUAACACCGUAUCUUUGGUGCAGCUGGAGCAUGGUGCAAUUACACUUACCUUACUUUGUUCAGUUCCUAAAUCCUUUGGAGAGCUCAUGUGCUUCUACGGAAUUCGUAGUUCGCUCAUCAAAUCUGCUCUUCAAUACACUAUACCCCCUUAUUCUCCUAGAUCUAUCUUGCUUGCCACAAAGCUUACUCACGACUCAAAGGGAGUGGUUCCACUUGAAUCUUCCUCUACAUUUCCCUAUCCACUCCUACAUGAAAUCCUUCAUCCUUGA